AUGGACUUGCAGCAAAGAAAAGCUCUUGCAAAUGGGGAUCACGUGACCGACAGGCAAAAACAAUGGGCAUCCCUUGGUGCUUGGUUUUUGGGACCCAAAGGAGAAAAUGGGGAAGUGUUUCGGGACCUCUUGACGAAGGCUGUCGAUUCGCAUAUCGGAUUCCGUCACAGGUAAUUUAAAGCAUAGGAGAACACAUGUAGUGUGGCCAGCAAUAAUCAGGUUAUAACGUGUUGUCUUCAUUUAUUUUUCUUAAAUGGGUAAUUUAUUUAUCUUACAGACUUAAAUUUUUUUUUGUAAUUAAUCACUUCAGCCACACCUAUAGUUAUUUGAAAUUGUCGAAACAAGAAGCAUGGCUUAUUUGUAAGCUUUGCGUCAGUAAUCCAAAAGCCUGCGUACAAAGGUCGCCCAAAACGGAGAGGGGACAAAGCAGGCCGUAUAGGAUUCUCCGAAACUGGUAUUUUAAGUAAAUAUAGACACCCUGAAUGGUUUUAUUCAACUUUCAUUCUAAUUAAAACGGCUACCGCGUUUCCCGCAGAAACGACGCUGGUUCACGCACGCUCACUACUUACUUUUGUAUUAAGAAAAUCUCGUCAGCUCGUAAUCGUCCUUGUCUCUAAUUACAAAGAGCUCUUAACUUAUCUCAAAAAACUAAGAGACGUGCCGGUGCUCACAGAUAAAUGGUUUCAAACCACAAAAGUAUCACAUUUAUUCAUGUCAUACUCACCUCAUCCAAUAAUUGUCCAUUGUGUUCAACAGUUACUUCCCCUGUGAUCCGCCUUACGUCACAGACCAGCUUCGAGAAGCAGGAUCCUUCAACUUUGCCAUGGAGAGGUUAAAAACUGAGAUGGAAAAAUUGCAGGCCGAAUUAAAAAAGUCUGUUCCAUUCUUCAGUUCAAGAUACAAGGUAAAUACAUCAAGAAUUAAUUACUUUCAACCAUCAAUUCAUCUAUUCAUUUCGUUUUUUUUUCUUUUUCCUCAUGAAAAAUAAUAAUAACCGACAUAACGAUAUUGACGAACAUAACGAUAAAGAUAAAGAUAAAAACAAAGCCAUGAUAAUGAUAAUGACAGUGACAAUGAUAAUGAUAAUGAUAAAGUUAAUGAUAAUUAUAAUCAUAAUAAUAACGAUAAAGAUAAUGAUAAUGAGAGUAAUAAUGAUAAUGAUAAAGAUAAAGAUAAAGACAAUGAUAUUGGUAAUGACAGUGAUAAUGGUAAUGAUAAAGUUAAUGGUAAUGAUAAUGAUAAUAAUAAUGAUAAUGAUAAUAAUAAUGCUAAUGAUAUUGAUAAUGACGGUGAUAAUGGUAAUGAUAAUGAUAAAGUUAAUGAUGAUGAUAACAAUAAUGAUGAUGAUACAAAUAAUGAUGAUGAUAAUGACCAUGAAAAUGAUAAAGUUUUGAAAAUGAUAAUGGUGAUGAUAACGACAAAAUUCUUGAAAAUGAUAAUUGAUACCACUACUAGUGCUACUACGGAGCGCGCUCCUAUGCCUAAAGGGAUCGAGAACCCCGAGAAGGAGGAACUUAGAUGUUAA